AUGGUUCAAUCAUCCGUGCUGGGUUUCCCCCGUAUGGGCGUCCUUCGUGACCUCAAGAAGGCCAACGAGGCUUACUGGGCCGACAAGAUCUCCCAGGAGGCUCUCCUCGAGGAGGGCAAGAGACUCCGUCUCGCCCACUGGAAGAUCCAGAAGGAUGCCGGUGUCGACAUCAUCCCCUCCAACGACUUCGCUCACUACGACCACGUCCUUGACCACAUCCAGUUCUUCAAUGCCGUUCCCGAACGCUACACCAAGCAGAAGCUCUCCCCUCUCGAUGAGUACUUCGCCAUGGGUCGUGGCCACCAGAAGGGCGGUGUCGAUGUUCCCGCCCUCGAGAUGGUCAAGUGGUUUGACUCCAACUACCACUACGUCAAGCCUACCCUCCAGGACAACCAGACCUUCUCCCUUGCCGAGAACCCCAAGCCCGUCCGCGAGUUCCUCGAGGCCAAGGAGGCUGGCAUCAUCACCAGACCCGUCCUUGUCGGCCCCGUCUCUUUCCUUGCCCUCGGCAAGGCUGACCGUGGCUCUUCCGUCAACCCCAUCUCUCUCCUUGACAAGCUCGUCCCCGUCUACGUCGAGCUCCUGAAGGCCCUCAAGGCCGCCGGUGCCGAGACCGUCCAGAUUGACGAGCCCACCCUCGUCUUCGAUCUCGCCCCCGAGAUCAAGGCUGCUUUCAAGCCCGCCUAUGAGGCUUUCGCCGCUGCUGGUGAUGCCAUCCCCUCCCUCGUCGUUGCCACCUACUUCGGUGACAUCGUCCACAACUUUGACGUCCUCCCCGCUUUCUCUGCCGCCAAGGGUAUCCACGUCGACCUUGUCCGCAACCCUGAGCAGCUCGAGCCUGUGAUCAAGCAGCUCGGCCCCUCUCAGAUCCUCUCUGCCGGUGUCGUUGACGGCAGAAACAUCUGGAAGAACGACUUCGCCAAGUCGCUCGACCUCCUCCAGACCGCCAUCAAGGCCCUCGGCGAGGACCGUGUCAUCGUUGCCACCUCCAGCUCUCUCCUCCACACCCCCCACACCCUCGCCAGCGAGAAGAAGCUCCCCACUGAUGUCUAUGAGUGGUUCUCUUUCGCUUCCGAGAAGGUCAAGGAGGUUGCCAUCCUUGCCAAGGCUGUCACCAACCCCGAGGCUGUCCGCGCUGAGCUGGAUGCCAACGCCGCCGCCAUCAAGGCUCGUGCCGAGUCCACCCGCACCAACGACCCCAAGGUCAAGGAGCGCCAGGCUGCCGUCACUCCUGAGCAGCACAACCGCAAGUCCGGUUUCGACACCCGCUAUGCUCAGCAGAAGAAGCACCUCAGCCUUCCCCUCUUCCCCACCACCACCAUUGGUUCCUUCCCCCAGACCAGCGAGAUUCGCGUCCAGCGCAACAAGUUCACAAAGGGCGAGAUCUCCGCCGAGGAGUACGACAACUUCAUCAAGAAGGAGAUCGACCUCGCCGUCUCCAUCCAGGACGAGCUUGACCUCGAUGUCUACGUCCACGGUGAGCCCGAGCGCAACGACAUGGUCCAGUACUUCGGUGAGCGCCUCAACGGCUACGUCUUCACCACCCACGCCUGGGUUCAGUCUUAUGGUUCUCGUUGCGUCCGUCCCCCUAUCAUCGUUGGUGACAUCUCUCGCCCCGCUCCCAUGACCGUCAAGGAGUCCAAGUAUGCCGCCUCCAUCUCCAAGAAGCCCAUGAAGGGCAUGCUUACUGGCCCCGUCACCUGCUUGCGGUGGUCUUUCCCCCGUGUCGACGUCCACCAGUCCGUCCAGUGCCAGCAGCUUGCUCUGGCCCUCCGUGACGAGGUCGUCGAUCUCGAGGCCAACGGCAUCUACGUCAUCCAGGUCGAUGAGCCUGCCCUCCGUGAGGGUCUUCCCCUCCGCAAGGGCUCUGAGCGUGACGCCUACCUCGAGUGGGCCGUCAACAGCUUCAAGCUCGCCACCGCCGGUGUUGAGGACUCUACCCAGAUCCACUCUCACUUCUGCUACUCCGAGUUCCAGGACUUCUUCCACGCCAUCGCUGCCCUCGAUGCCGAUGUCCUCUCCAUUGAGAACUCCAAGUCGGAUGCCAAGCUCCUCAAGGUCUUCAUUGACGAGGCCUACCCCCGCCACAUCGGCCCCGGUGUCUACGACAUCCACUCCCCCCGUGUUCCCGCCGAGGAGGAGUUCAAGCAGCGCAUUGAGGAAAUGCUCGAGUUCCUCCGCCCCGAGCAGCUCUGGAUCAACCCCGACUGCGGUCUCAAGACCCGCAAGUGGGACGAGGUCAAGGGUGCCCUCACCCACAUGGUCAACGCUGCCAAGUACUUCCGUGAGAAGUACGCCAACAAGGCUUAA